GGCAAUGUGGACACCUUUUUUUACACAUUUAAAUCACAAAUUUUUAUCAAUGUACCCGAGUCAGAAAUAUUUGCAGGAAAAUGGUUUUCCUAAAGCACCACUUCACCGAUACAUGGCUAUCAGCAUGAUCAGGAGUCAUUUGGCAUGAGGUCUCUUCAGUAAAGCACAAAUGUGCGGCAUGAUCCCGCAGUGACAGGAUUGAUCAUUUACUGGCUAUUGGGAAAGCAGCCGAGAAGCUUGAACCUGCUAUUAACUAGCAGGAGUCGUUCUUCUUCGCGCUUUGAACAAAAUGGAAAAGCAGUUAACGGGAACACUCGCUCUGGCUGUGUUCACGGCAGCACUUGGUUCUCUGCAGAUAGGAUACAGUUUGGGAGUCAUCAAUGCACCUCAGAAGAUCAUCGAAAGGCACUAUGCCAGAUCUCUCGGUGUCUACAAUGAAGAACUCGCUCGUAAUGAGAGAGGCAACGAUACGGCACAUGAAGAUCAAACCCAUCCUUCUGUGGUCAUGUACUGGUCUUUGUCAGUGGCUGUGUUCUCCAUUGGAGGGGUGUUGUCCUCCUUUCUGGUGGGCUUUGUUAGCGACUUCCGUGGAAGGAUCAAAGGGAUGUUGGCUAUAAACCUCCUGGCCAUAACAGCAGGGUUGCUCAUGGGUCUGGCUCAGAUGGGCACACCUCACCUUAUGGUGAUAGCAGGACGUGCUAUCAUGGGACUGUAUUGUGGAUUGACAUCUGGCUUGGUGCCCAUGUACAUUGGAGAGAUUUCCCCAGUGAAGUACCGAGGGGCUUUGGGAACACUUCAUCAGCUGGCUCUUGUAACUGGCAUCCUUCUUAGCCAAGUCAUUGGUUUAGAGUUCCUGCUGGGAAAUGAUGACAUGUGGCCACUGUUGCUUGGUCUGUCUGGCGCUCCGGCCAUCUUGCAGAGUUUACUGUUGCUUCUGUGUCCAGAGAGUCCUCGCUACCUCUACAUCAAACUAGGCAAAACAGAAGAAGCAUGCAAGAGUCUGAAAAGGUUAAAAGGAGAUUGUGACACAUCAAGAGACAUCGCCGAGAUGCAGGCAGAGAAGGAAGAAGCAAUGAAAGAAGCCAAAAUGUCAAUCCUGAGGCUCAUUCGUUCCUCUGUGUAUCGCAAGCAGCUCUUUGUGGCCUUGAUGAUGCAUUUAUCACAGCAAUUCUCAGGGAUUAAUGCUAUCUUUUAUUACUCCACUGCGAUCUUCCAGACAGCGGGCGUUGGGCAGCCUGUGUAUGCCACCAUUGGAGUGGGAGUUAUAAACAUCAUUUUCACCCUUGCGUCGGUGGUUUUGGUGGACAGGGCGGGCAGGCGAACUCUCACUCUAAUUGGUUUGGCAGGAAUGUGUUGCUGUGCUGUGGCCAUGACGGUGGGCAUGGCUUUUCAGGAAGUUUACUCGUGGAUGAGCUAUGUCAGUAUGACAGCCAUUUUCCUUUUCGUAUCAUUCUUCGAGAUCGGGCCAGGACCGAUCCCAUGGUUCAUUGUGGCUGAACUCUUCAGUCAGGGGCCACGUCCAGCGGCUCUCGCAUUAGCCGGGUGCUGCAACUGGACUAGCAAUUUUAUUAUUGGAAUGUUCUUUCCUUAUUUAGAGAGCCUUUGUGGGAGCUAUGUCUUCAUCAUUUUUGCAGUACUCCUGUUCGGAUUCACUAUUUUUACCUACUUACGAGUACCUGAAACAAAGGGGAAGACUUUUGAGGAAAUAGCAGCAGUCUUCCGAGGCAAACGAAGUGCUUCUCUCUCUAAAGUCCAUAAUGAGACUGAAAUGGAGCAGCUCAAGAGCUCCACAGAGGCUUAAAGAUUCAAUGGAAACUGUGGAAUGAGGAACGUUACUGUUUUCACAGAACUUAUCUGCUGUAUGGAGCCUUACCAUUACUUGUAAAGAAAUAACAUGUUGUUCUAGUAAACUCAAUAGCAUAACCAUGAAGUGAGCAACAUACACAGUGGACUUUGACUUUUGGGCAUCUGAUAUUGAUAUUAUGGAGACUUAAAACAUUUUUUUUUAUAUUUCCAAAGUGUAUUGUUCAAUUUUUAAAAUGUUUAUAUAAUACAAGCCACUUUUGAAGGAAAUGUGACAUCUUCAAAUAGUUUCAAAGUAUACUUGAAGUUAAAUCUGAAAGAUAUUUUUCUAUGUAGAGAUGUUGACUUGCUUUUAGAAUUAGUUUGUUAAAUUUUAUGUUUAUCUUCCCGAAGCACACUCUAAAAACAAACGGUGCUAAAUAGCACUAAAAGUGGUUCUUGGCUCGUAAUCAUAGAGGAACCAUUUUUAGUGCUAUAGCACCUGUGAAGAACCAUGCGGGGUCAUAAAGCACCACAUAUGGUGCUACACAGGUACUUCAUCGGUGCUAUAUGGCACUUAAAAUGGUUCCUCUAUUCCUCUUUUAGUAAUAUUUAGCACCGUUUGUUUUUAGAGUGAUACUUCAGAAAACAUCAUCUUAUGAUGCCAAAAUGUAUUGAUUCAUUUGAAUCUAAAAUAGAGUUCUAGUUAAAUCAAAUCUUACAAUCUGUCCUUAGCAAACUUCUGAAUUACUUGUCAAGACCAACAAUGAAUUGUUUGGGAUGAUCAAUAAGUUAUUCACUCUCUGAAUUUUGUCACAGCUUUGGGUCGGACAGUCGGACUCCUUAGAACCGAUGGUGGAAUUUACUUAAGAUUAACUAAGGAGAAAACAAGGUUUGGGUAUCAUUCGGAACCCCUUUUAGUGCUUUUUAACACAAUUUUUUAUAAAAAUGUGGUAUAUGACUAAUAGCCAGGAAAUAAUAAUAAAUAAAAGGUAAAAUA